AGUAUUAUUAUUAUUCGCUUCUACAGAGCUUCUUUACGUUGCCUUACUGUGAAAGCAAACCCCAAAAACCUCCAGGAAAACGAAGCGAUGGCCUCCACUGCUGAGCCGCAGCUGCCGGAUUACCCGCCGGACUACGUGAUGCCGCUGCCGUCCCGCCCCAGCAAGAUGGACGAGGACGCCCUUCACCCGGUGCGAGUGCCCACCCCGCUGCCCGACCUGCUGCCGCGCAACAUGAAGGACAUCCAGAAAAUGCGCAGCCUGCAGAAGGACGGCGACACAGGCAAGAAGUACGUCCCGCCGCGCCGCGACCUGCCGCCGCCGUACGUCAACGAUGACGAGUGCGACGAGUUCGAGGAUAAGACGAUCGAUACGACGGUGCUGAACUUAUCGGAGCAGAGCCGCACCAAGAACAAGGGCACCGCCUACCUCCUGACCGGCCCCUCCAUCCAGGGUGACGUCACGCCGGUCUUUGAGUCGGGCAUGCUGUACAAGGUGGUGGCCCCGGAUGGGACGUGGUACUACUACAACGACACGGACAAGUACGAGAUGCACGUGAAGUUCACGUUCGGCGCCAAGUCCGACCUGCAGCCCGGAGACAAGGUGGAGAUGUACGUCAUGAACACGAACGAGCUGGCCGCCUCGCUCGUCGUGUACCCAGGGGAGACGACGAAGCUCGUGUCCGGCAAGGUCAACGGCUUCAAGUGCAGCGCCAAGGCGGUGCCACUGAACGACGACAAGCGCGACACGCUCUACGGCGAAGUCAACGAUCGCAUCGCCGACGACAUCGAGGAGCUCGCGCAGGCCAUCGGCGUCCGCGAGGAAGAGCUGACGGAGGAUAAGGUGCUGGCCUACUGCGAGGACAACGAAAAGCCCUACGUGGACUGCGACUUCCGCCCGUGCGACUACUCCCUCUACCGCCACGACGUGGACACGUACCUGCCGCGGUUCAUUCCGUGGCACCGCCCCUCGACGUGGAUCCCGGAGGAGCAGCUCAAGGAGGUGCGCCUCUUCCGCCGCGACAUCUUGCCCUCACAGGUCACCCACGGCUCCAUCGGCGACACGUACCUCAUCUCAGCCAUGGCGGCCCUGACCGACGCGAACGGCGAGCGCCUGCACGAUCUCUUCCGCCACCCCGUCAGCGCCGCGAACGGCAAGAUCGAGCGCGCCCUCGGUGCGUACUGGGUCACCAUGAACUUCAACGGUUGGUGGCUGCCCGUGCUGCUGGACGACUACCUGCCGGCCACCCGCGACGGGCCGGAGUUCGCCCGCUGUGCGGUGGACAUGCGACGGAUGUGGGUAGCGCUGCUGGAGAAGACGUACGCGAAGGUGCACGGCUCGUACGCGAACAUCGCCAGCGGCGACCCGCUCGAACCCAUCGCCGAGUUCACCGGCUUCCCGAUCACCCGCUUCGAAAGCUUCUGGGAGGACGCGAAGUCGGGCGACGAGAUGAUCUUUCAAGAGAUGCGUGACUACGAUCGACGUGGCUACCUGCAGGUGCUCUGCACCCCGUCCGACGGCGGCGAGGCCUUCGGCAACGCGAACGUCGUCAGCGCCAACCCCGAGAUGGAGGCGAAGUACGACAAGAUGGGCCUGCGCCUCCACCACGGCUACACGGUGCUGCAGGCGGAGUACUUCGAGGACCUCGACCUGCGCCUGCUGCGCGUGCGCAACCCGUGGGGCACCGGCGAGGAGUGGAACGGCGCGUGGAACAAGUCGGACAAGCGCUGGGACAAGUACCCCUCCGUCCUCUCGCAGUGCUACAAGCACGGCGGGGCGCCAUCGGACCUGGACCGCACCUUCUGGAUUGAGUGGACGGACGCGCUGAACAUUUUCUCUGGUGGCGGCUGCUGCCACCUGCGCGCGCCGUGGUACGACUACCGCGUCCGAGGUGAGUUUACCCAGGGCAUCCCCACCGUGUCCUUCGAGAUCAACGUGGCGGACCCAACGGAGGUGUACAUCACCCUCUCCCAAGAAGACGAGCGCGAUGACCCGUCGUUCGAGUACCACGCGCUGCUGCUGAGCGUCUUCAAGCGCAGCGGCAAGAAGGAGAAGCUCGACGCGACGAGCAACUCGCUGGUGGAGAAGCCGGACCGCCAGCUCAAGUUCAACUUCUCGCGCGAUGUGGCCAUGAAGUACACCUUCACGCCGGAGAACAGCCCGUACUUUGUCAUCCCGCGCAUCCACGACCCGAACGUGACGAAGCCGUACGUGAUGGGCCUGCUGUCCGACACCUACGUGGGCAACGGCAUCAAGGUGGAGUUUAAGAAGGUGGACCGCAACUGCCGCGUCUUCAGCAACAUGCCCUCAUUUGUGCCGACGGGUAUGAUGGAGGACACGGCGGCGGAGUACCAAAUCCGCACCCCGCGCCAGCCGGUGGAGUCCGUUGGGCAGGAGAUCGUCGACGAGCGCCUGCGCGAGUUUGGCGUCGUGGAGGAGUAA